GUGAUCAGCUGACGCGGUGGCUGCUUUGAGAGAGCACAAGUGGACGUGCACAUACACUCAUACAAUUGGAAACGAAGGGAAUUUCACUAUAAUCAAAGAAAAUACAUCACAAAAUCGAGAUUGGAAGAUAUAACUUGCAAAAAAACAUUGAGAGAUUGCAAGUAAACCAGUUUGUUCACAAAUAAAUGUGAAACUGUAAACAAAACUUCCGACUGCCAACUGAAGUCGUCUGUAAAGAGCGGCAACAAUCUUCCAAGCAGCGUUGGCACUAUCGGUAUACACGAAGACCGACAGCAGUGGCAGCAAUAGUUGUAGCAUAUAUCAACUAGUUUUGUUUACUCAUGAAUGCGUGUUCCAAUAUUUCGGGUGGCAGCGAAAAGAAAGUUUCACUGCACAGUGUGGUAGUACACGUCUAAGCGGACGGAAUUCCAGUGUAUCUUGAUGCAAGGUACAUCCCUACAAUUACCUUGGUGAAUCUCUUCUAAGGAGUUUGUGCAGAUCCUUAUAAGAAAGCAAAAGCAGAAAAUACCUAAAUAUAAUACAAGAGCCAAACACACUGCUAAACAGAGUUGGACCCUUUCGACCGCAGCAAUGGCGAUACAAUUAGAAAGCUCUAAAGCAAGUAAAAUUACAGCAGCUAGCAGUAGUGAGGACACUACCCAAUCACAAUCACUGGAUAUCGACAACCAACGCCCAGCGCCUGACUUUACCACAUACAUAAAAGACAAAUGGAAAAGACAUAGUGCAUCGGAGCAAGCGAGUCAAAUAAUAGCAGGUGGUUUAGCUGCCGCCAUUACGCGUACACUCUGCCAGCCACUAGAUGUCCUAAAAAUUCGUUUCCAGCUGCAAGUUGAACCACUAAAGGAGCACGUCAAUCAGCAAUCAAAAUACACGAGUGUCGCGCAAGCUCUCCGUACUAUUUACCGUGAAGAAGGUGUACUCGCUUUCUGGAAAGGUCACAAUCCAGCUCAGGUGCUUAGCGUAAUUUACGGUAUUUCACAGUUUUGGACUUAUGAGCAACUCAGUUUGGCCGCUAAACAAACAGUCUACCUCAAAGAUCAUGCUAACCUAGCGAGUUUUCUUUGUGGUUCCGCAUCCGGUGCAGCAGCAGUAAUACUCUCAACACCUAUGGACGUAAUACGCACGCGUCUCAUAGCACAGGAUCAAUAUAAGGGCUAUAGGAAUGCAACGCGUGCAGUUACAGCGAUUGUUCGCAAUGAGGGUGUACGUGGCAUGUACCGCGGACUUAAUACGGCGCUCCUGCAAAUCACACCAUUAAUGGGUGCAAAUUUCAUGCUCUAUCGACUUUUUUGCAAAUCAGCUAUGCAAUUCUACGAAGUAGAACAACGAAGCGCAUUGCCUACAUGGGUGUUGCUGUGUUUGGGUGGCUCUUCGGGUAUGUUAUCCAAGUCUCUGGUAUAUCCCUUUGACUUGUUGAAGAAGAGGCUGCACAUACAGGGCUUUGAAUCCAAUCGUCAGACAUUUGGCGAGAACAUACGUGCACAUGGAGUUUAUAGUUGUCUGAGACAAACUGUACAACAAGAGGGUCCAGCGGGUUUAUACAAAGGCAUGGCGCCAACACUUUUAAAAUCUAGCAUCACAACGGCUCUAUACUUUGCUAUUUACGAUAAACUAAAGGAUAUACGUUGGUUUGCCUAACUAACAAUUUAUAAAGGAUUAAACUUAAGACUUGAAGAUAUAUUACUUUUUAUGUUUGUAAGUAUGUACGAGUCCUUUAAUACGCAGGCUAAAGAUACUCCGAUAAUGCACUUGACGAUUUUACGUAUAUAAGGAAGAAUACGCGCAUUCAUUUUGUAGCUAAAACAUUACUUUUCCAACAUAUUAACAUUUUCACUUUCAUGUAACAAAAUAUAUGUAGUAUGUUUUCUACGAAUUUUAAAAUAUUUAUGUAUGUAAGUACGAUGCUUUAUAGCAAUAGUUAAGCUGUAUAGAAACAUCCGCUGAAACAUCCAAAAAAGCCUUAAUUGAUUUUAAGAAAAUUAAAAAGUAAAUGGUUGAUAUGAUACCAAUAGUUAUAUCAUGGUUGAUAUGUACAUAUGUAUGUAUGUCAGUAAUCGUUUUUAUAUGUAUGUAUGAAAAUAACAAAAGCAACUUGUAAGCGGAAGGCAGACGCACAAUACACUUGCCGCGUUUAUAUUUUUUCAGAAAAUAAAUUUUACUUAUGAAAUCCAA